CAGAGUUUGGUACUUGCUGAGCCUGUCCCCACCCACAUAUGGUAGUUUUGCAUUGAAAUGACCUUAUAUGAAGAUUGGAACGUUCAGCAUCCAGUCUUUGUGGGCCGUGCUUAGAAGUGUUUACACCGUGGACUUUGGAACUGAACUUAGUUCCAAUGAGAGUUGCAGACGUGCAGCCAUGAUUUUGAAGAAUUGGCUUUUGCUGGUGCUGUGGGUUCACAUGAGCUGCUGGGGCUCAGGAUCAUGUGGAAAGGUGCUGGUCUGGCCCACUGAUGCCAGUCACUGGCUCAACAUAAAACUGGUCCUGGAGGAACUCUCCCUUAGGGGCCACGAUGUGACUGUGUUGGUACCUUCAGCAAGUUUACUUAUCGGUUACAAUGAGUCCUCUUCCCCAUUUGACUUUGAGGUCCUGCCGGUGCCCUUUACCAAGGAGACCAAGGUGGCCCUGUUGGAGGACUUCCUGCAUCUGUGGAUAUACGAGCUUCCCCAUCUGUCCUACUGGGAGCUCAUGUUGAAAAUGAAAGAAUUCAUGGAAGUCUCUAUCAAGAUGUUCAAGCAGACCUGUGACAGUGUCAUGCUGAACCCCAGGCUGAUAGCAAAGCUCCAGCAAAUGGGAUUUGAUGUCCUAAUCUCAGACCCUCUUUCUCCGGGCGGUGAGCUGGUAGCAGAGUUGCUUGAAAUCCCUUUUGUCUAUACUUUCCGGUUCUCUGAAGGGAAUACAGUGGAGCGGCUGUGUGGGGGGCUUCCAGCCACUCCGUCGUAGGUACCUGCCAGCACGGGGGGACUGACAGAUAGGAUGUCCUUCAUAGAGAAGAUGACAAACUUGCUGCUUUAU